CCUCAGAAUUUCUCCAGGAAACCGUCGGGUGGGUGGAGAUGGGCGCUCCGUCCAGCAGUGCCCUUCCAAUCUGCUGUCCUGUUUGAGAACGUCGCCUUUCCUUCCCGGAAAUGAGCCUUAAUCUAGGUAAGGUUGCGCCAGAGGCGGCGCCCUGGCGGGAGGCGGGGCAGGAACCGGGGCCCGGAGCGCAGGGGCCGGAGGCGGGGCCCGGGCCGGACUCAGAGAGCCGGCUGCAGCCGCCGGCAGGGCCCGGCUCCGAGCCUCUCCCGGCCGCAGAGCCCGAGCCGGAGCCGCUCUCGGCGUCGGGUCCGGGACAGGAGCUCUAGCUGGGCUGGGCUGCCGCGCAGCGCGCAGGGGCCCCGCCGGAGUCGCAGCCUCUGCCGGCGUCGGAGUCUGAGAACGGAGUGUCCGAGAGGCCCCACUGCCACACCGACUGCCUGGAGGCGCCGCUCUCCCGGGCCUCCCGGCGGCUGGGAUGGGAGGUGGGCUCGCACCCCUGGAUCUCCUUGCUGCUGCCCAUGGUUUUAACGGCCGUCCUCGGCACUGGCCUGAUUCACCUGCCCAAGGAAGAAGAAGAAGACCUCGAGGAGCAGUACACCCCGAUAGGGAGCCCCGCCAAGGCUGAGCGACGCUUCGUGCAGGGACAUUUCACCGCCAACGACUCCAGUCUCUUCUCCAUCGCCAGGAAGAGCACCGAGGUCAAUUAUGCUUCCAUUCUAGUGGUCUCCAACACCAACUCGCUGCUGGAACAAGAAACCUUAUCAGAAAUUAGUGAAGUGGACGACGCGGUUCAGGCUUUGUCUGUGACACAGGCAAACGGAACCCAGAUCCUCUACAAUGAGGUGUGCUCGAAGAACAAGGGCUACUGUGUACCCUCCAACCCACUCUUGUUCACCUGGAAAACGAACAGUGUCCUCAACCUGAAAAACAUCACUUUCCCCAUCUACAGCCUAGCCGGCCAGGUCGUGACCUACCUGGCCAACAUCCUUGGAGGAACUGUGUUAGGUGAGAGCAUGGGACUGAGCCAGUUACUCCUAGAGGCCAAAGCCAUGCGGCUGCGGUCCUACCUGAAGACCGGCGAAGGAGAGGACAGCGAACGUAGCAAGGCGUGGCUGAUCCACUUCCUGAACCAAGUUGGCAACCUUGAAAAGAGUCUGGCCUUGAAGAAGAUCCAGGUGAUCUACUUUACAUCACUUUCUAGACAACUGGAAUUUGAGGCAACUUCUAUGACAGUGAUCCCCUUGUUCCACUUGGCAUACCUUCUAAUCAUAUUAUUUGCAAUCACAUCAUGCUACAGAAAACAAACCAAGCGGCUAGAAGGUGAUCUGAGCUCUGGACCUGAAACCCAUGUGCGAGGUGAGAGCUCCCACUGGACACUGGCUCGGAAGCUUCCGUACAGGGCCCGCGUCCCACCGACCCACAUUCCCAGUGUGGACGUCCACGUGCACAAGCUGCUCCGUGUCCUCUUCCCACAUGGGACACCCCCAUCCCUGCUUCUCCCUAAUGACGGCCUGGACCCCGAAUGUUCUGGGCAGGAAGAGGGCCAAGGAGGACGCCGGCCUGUCCCGUCUGCCUCCCGGGGGCCCAGACACAGGACUCGGGGUUGCUGGGCCUUGAGGUCUGGAUGCUUCCAGGUGUGGGAUGAAGCUGCCACUGCCCACUGGAGCUGCUCCUUCCGAGACUCAGGAAGCAGGGGGACCCACCACACGGAGCCCGUCCCCAGGCUCUGCUGGGAGUCUGCUUGGAUCUGCUCUCCCGAUCCUGAAGGUAGACCUGCGGGAAACAGGACCUGCGAUUCCUAUACUGAUGGUGUUCCGUGGAAUUUCCACUAGACCCCUUCCUACCCUGUUCUGAGCAAAUUGCUAGUCAAUCCAGGAAGCUGAGGCUCCGAGAAGCCAAGUAAUCCAGCCGGAAGCACAGAUGUGGGACACGGAGUGGGGUCUGCACCUGCCGCCCCCCCAGGGGGACUGCCCACUCCCCGCAGGUUCCACGCCUGCUCCCUUCACCCCCCUCCCGGAACCAGCUCACAGAGCCUCCUCUUGGGGGGAUUCACUUCUUCUAACAGGAUCCGUCUCACUGUCCUGUUUUGGGAUCAUCUGGAAGGCUUGUCACUGAAGCAGGAUCAGCCUCACGCCACCAGGGCAGCUUUCCUGGAUCACACUCACCACCUGCACGUCCACACUCAGCUCAGACCCAGAAAGGCCCCCUCGGCCCCGAACCCCAUGGCUCUGCCUGGGCUCCCACCCCCUCCUGCCUGGUCCGUCUCUCUCAUGUCCCCUUCAGGGUCACCAGGAGCUCCCACCUGCCCCAGGCAGGCUGUCUGCUGUGUCCUGGGGAGGCCUCCGUGGUGUCAGGUGGACGACACAAGAGGUACCCGUGGGGCCUCCCUCACGCAGCACAGUGGCCAGCACCCGCCUCCUGACCUCAUCACUCAGGAUGGACAGGUUCAGGGGGCCCGUGGCAUCUCCUGGUCCUCAUUUCAUCCCAGCACUGCCCACAGGAAGUUGCUAAGCAACUCUGUGCCAGCUGCACAGAGAGGGCGCUCAUACACACGCCCCCCGCCCAGCCCACGGGGCUCUCGUGGCCAGGCCCCUCCUAGGAUAUGGAGUUCACCUGGACAGAUACCCAGCAGCCCCUGGGGCCCUCGUGGUCAGGCCUCUCCCAGGAUAUGGAGCUCACCUGGGCAGGCACCCAGCAGCCCCUGGGGCUCUCGUGGCCAGGCCCCUCCCAGGAUAUGGAGCUCACCUGAGCAGGUACCCAGCAUCCCCCGGGGCCCUCGUGGUCAGGCCUCUCCCAGGAUAUGGAGCUCCCCUGGGCAGACACCCGGCAGGGCUGGGCACCCAGGAACCGUGCACGUAGCCCUCAUUGCAGAGCACCCCCAGCCCUCCUGUCGGUCAGAGCUGACCCUGAGCACCUGAGAGCAGGACCUG